AAUGAUUCAUAACGACCCAUGGAACUAAAAACCAGAGUACCGGUGACCCACCUGUCAUCUUUUAGCAUCCUGCUAACAAGCUUAAAAGCACUGGUGAGGAGCAGAGUUUAGCCACAACCGGUUUGCACAAGGAAAACAAGAUUCUGAUUUUAGGAGAACAUUGGUUCUUGUGCAAGAAGGCCAAAUGAAAAGCCUACAGUGGCUCUACCUAUAUGGACUAGUAAUCGCGGUGUUGAUCCCAGCCAGCUGGCAGAUUGUCCUCAAAGAUUUGUCCGAUGAGUCUAGAUGGCAAUCUUUCGAAUCGAAAAGCGCUCGGAGUUUUACUUCCAACAUCAAGAGGCAUUCCGAAGGCACCUUCACCAGUGAUUUUACCAGAUAUUUGGACAAGAUGAAGGCCAAGGACUUUGUGCACUGGCUUAUCAACACGAAACGUUACAGCUCUACAAAGAGGUACAUAAAAGGAGACCACAACGUUAUCUCCUUCCCUUCUGACCACUCACUAUUUAGGUCCAAUUAGCCACCAGACCAAGAAAUCAGCUUUGUGGAAGGAUCUUCCCACAGCUGUCUAGUGGAUCUAGUCACAUCUGACAACGAUCAAAGGAUUCUUCAAUGAAACUGAAUUGUACUAAGUGUUCAUGGCUCCCCGGGUAUUGUCAUGACAAGGUAUAGUGAAAUAUCCAACAUCUGUGAUGAAAUGAUGUCAGCACGCCGAUUUGUUUCGACCCUUUACACUACUGUUUUAGUGUUGUCUGUAGGCUGCUUCUCUGGCACCAGAGUUUCUGCACGUUCUCGUAAAUGACAAU